CCGCCAGCCGGCCAGCCGGGAGGGGCGCGCAGAGGGAGGCGGGGCGGGCCGGCCGGAGGUGUCUCAGCCGCCCGAGCCGCGGGAGACCCGGCCGGGCUCGGUGACAGCUCGUCGGCCGCCAUGUCAGCGAGUGGGGCUGCGGAGCGAGCCGGCGCCCGGCGGUAGCCCUCCUUUCGCCUGCGAUUCCCAGACAUGGAAGGACUUUAAUGAAACUUAAAUGGUUCAACAAAAGAUGCCCUAAUGGAUGACAGCGGAACUCCUACAUGCAAUCUGCAGAUAGAAGCACAAGAUGGGAGUCAUUCUGGUGAGCGCGCGGAGACUAUAGGAGUACACUUGCCUUCUGCAGCAGAUGAAAAUGAAAAUCAGCUCGGUGGGGACAGGUGCGAGCAUCUGAGCAGCAGUGACAGUGCCAUGGGCAAGCCGGAAGUGUCUGAGCAAGACUGUCUCAACAACAACGAGAGUUGCGCGCCUAGCUGCGAGGAGACUGCAAGCGAAACCCCAGACAGCACUCCCUGUGGGGACUCCAGAGAUGGACAGGCUCUCUUAGGAAAGGACAAAAAAAUACCUGGGAAAAGAAGUCCAAGAAGCAAAAGAAGCACAGCUAAGAAGAUACCACAAGGGCUUUCUUCAGGAGAUCCCACGCCUUUCAUGCAAGAAAAUAUAUUAAGUGCAGCCUCACACGUGGUUAGCGAAGAGUCUGCUGAAAUAAAUGCAAACGAUCAGCCAGAAGCCCGGAAACAAGUUCUGCAAUCUCUGUUCUCGCUCACACGAGGUGAAGUGAAGCAGUUGGAUUCAAGAACACUUCCCCUUUGCCUUCAUCAGAUAGCAGAGUCCUACUUCCAGGAGGAGGACUACGAGAAAGCAAUGAAAUUCAUUCAGCUUGAGCGGUUGUAUCACGAGCAAUUACUUGCAAAUCUGUCUGCCAUUCAAGAACAGUGGGAAACGAAAUGGAAAACUGUACAGCCACAUACAGUUACAUCUCUAAGGAAUUCAGAAAAAGGAUUCAAUGGUGAAGAUUUUGAGCAGCUUACUAAAUUUUGCACAACACACCAAGAUCCUCUUUUAUCCAAAUACAAGAUAGCAGCUGUAGAAAAGUCCCUGGGAAGAAAAUGCUUAAUGCAAUUAGAAAUAACUGAAGAUCCAAAGGAAAAUGGAGCUACAGCCAAAGAGCCAGAGAGCGCAGCUUGUCUUGGCAUCGACUCAAGUGGAGAAAAUCAGUGUCAAGAAGAGACCCGGGAGAGAGGGCCCUGCUGUCAUCAGGCCCUGCAGGCCGGUCUCCAGGCCCUUGCGGUAACUUCAAAGAAGGACCACACGGAGGAGCUCUGCAGCCCCGAAGCCCCGCCUGAGGGCCCCGCCCAGCCCUCAGAGCAGGCGGCCUGCAGCAGGCCCAGGUCACACUCUGCUGAGGAUGCUGGUGAGGAUGACAGCCACUUGCUGCUGCCUCAGGCAGAAACCUGCCAAAAUGUGGCCAGAAUCGAAGGCAUCGCUGAAGAGCCUGAGGUGUCACUUUCCAGCAAGUCAGUGGUAGAGCCUGACCCACCGCCCGUGCUGGUUUCCGACAGUAAAUGUGUACAGCCUCACAGACAGGAGUUCCAGCUGCCACGCCCAGCUGCUUCUCGGGCACUGCUCCCAGACCAACUGGAGAACAGGGCUCUCAACAAGCUGCAGCCAUCUGAUCUCACGGGGAGUGAUGGGAAGUCGCCGCCGCCGGGGUGGGCUGACCCAGAGCACUGUGAGGCUGAGCUUUGUGACAAUGGAGAAGUGUCUGGCUUAAGUGCGGCCCUUCGGGAGGCCUGUAUGGCCCCUGAAGAAACGAGAGACAAGGAUGACCCAAUCAAUAAAGAAACAGAAGACUAUUUGAACAGCCUUUUAGAAGGAUGCUUAAAGGGUGCUGAGGACUGCCUCUCAAGUGAAGAAAACCAAGACGAAGACUCUGAUCUCCAAGAUCUUUCUCCUGAAGAAGCGUCGUAUAGUCUGCAGGAGAAUCUCCCUGCUGAUGAUCCUAGCUGUCUUUCUCUCGAUGAUCUUGCAAAAAGGAUAGAGAUUGCAGAGGUUGUUCCUGCCGAAGGGCUGGUCUCUAUCUUGAAGAAGAGGAAUGCCACUGUAGGGGAUUCUUCUGCCCAGAUGCAACAGAAAUCAUCCAAGCGAAGAGUGAGGUUCCAAGAAAUCGACGAUACCUUGGAUCAAGAUGAAGUUGGCGGUGGCUCCUGCGUCUUACUGCUCCUGCUGUGCGUGGCAACCGUCCUCCUGAGUGUGGGAGGAACUGCACUGUACUGCGCUGUUGGUGAUGUGCAGUCGCCCGUCUGCACGGACUUUGCAGAGAACACGGCCUUCUACUACACUCAGCUCCUGCAGGGCCUGGCGGAGCUCAAACACUGGGUCUACCUCUCCUAGCUGCGUCCCGCGGCGGCAUGGGCUUGCUGCAGUGAGACUCAAAGAGUGGGGCUUUCUAGACUUUUAUUUCAGGAGGUCUGGGACACCCUCCCCACCCUGAGAAACCACGGGUCCCACCAGUAGCAUCUUUAAAUGGCCACCCGAAGGACGCUUGAGGUCAUUCGCACACGGAGGCCUGUGUCCAUGAGCGCUGCGGAAGGAAGGAGGGAAUGGCCUCUGGAGCGCGUGUCUGUCCCACCUCCUCACCGCUUCCUCGUGGGGUGAGCUGCCCUGAGCAAAACCACACAGGGCGGUGCUGGAGCCGCACCAUUUGGCCCCCUUGCCAAGCUAACGGUAAAGGCCAGUUCGGUUUACACUUAUUCUCCCAAAGACACUGCUUCCCGCCGUCAUGCAAUAAGCUGGUGUGUCAUCAAAAGGCGUUACCGUAAGAUUCAGUGUCUUUUUUUUUUUUUUUUAGUGAACCCUGGGAGCUGUGCAACUUAGGCUUUGUGCAUUAUUUCCAGAUUCUGUUGUCCAUUCGUGAAACGGUUGCGUAUGGGCGAACGUUGUGCUCCAGACGGUCACAUACCCCACCCAGCAUACUGAAGAGUCUCUUUAUUCUUUUAAUUGACAAAGAAUGUGCAGGCACAAACCUUUGAAGAUGACUUAACUGUAGAACAGAUAGAUGAAUUACGUAAAUCAUGGCCCUAGCAUGAGGAAUUCUUAACAGAUCUGUAACAGUUCACUUGAUUCGCCAGAAAUUAAUCACAGACCUAGAGGUGACAUUCAAGAGCCCCCUCAAAGUCUCAGGCAGGCAGGUUCAUCAUGGAGUCGCUGCUUCCUGAAAUAUGCCGAAUGCUGGGCUCAGUUCAGCCAGUACCCAGAGCACCUGUGCUAUUCUGAUGUCCAAAAACCAGAAUACAAAGAUAAGUAAGGUUUCUGCUCUAGAUGUUUUCAUUCUGGUCUUUUGUAAAAUAAAUUAGUACUUUGGGAAAUAACAGUUAAGUCACCACAUGUCUAAUUCAGUGUUAACAGAUCAUGCAUUCAGGUGGUUGAAUGUCCAUUCGUAUCAUGGGCUCGAUUUAGACCUAUUAAGGGUCAUUCAGCGAAAAUUCAAUCAUAUUUUAAAUAGGCAAAGUCUGAGUUUUCUUGAGUUCAUCGGUUAGAUGGCAUUUCGUUUUCUGAGAUACAGUGGUCUCACAUUUUAGGAAGCCUUGGUCUGGCUUUUUAUAUCAUAAACAACAUUUAAAAAUUAAACCAAACACAUGAAUUAUAGUUUUUUAGCAAGUGAUCAGAUCAUGUUUCUCUGCCAUGGUCAUUAGAAAUGAAAAGGGAACUUUCACUUUCUAGUUGUUACUGGCUGGUACAGUACCUCCCUUUAUGUUUCUGCUUAUUUAUUUAGAUUAUAUAAAUGUGAAAGGGCUUUUUCUAUAAGUUGAAAGUGUGUUUUUGAGCAUGCAUUUGGUUACCCCAAUGUAGAUAUUUGAUUACUCUGUACUUACAACUUUGAUUUUCUAUCAUUUCAGUUCAGUGUGUUUUUAGGCUUGUUUAUUUUUAAAUUGAUGUUUUAUUUUCACUUAUAAUACUGUUUGACGUGUCCCUACCAUGUCACGAUAGACCGAUAUUUUCAAGGAUGAUAGAUGGAAGAUAUUUAUUUAGAAGCAUACAAGAUACUGAAAUUUAGAUUCCUUAUACUUAAGGCUGAUUUUAUUAGAAGAUUAUUUUAAUGUUCUAUUAUAAAUUUUAAGAAUUUGUAUUCAAAUUGUAUGUAAAAUAUGUAAGAUGUCAUGGUACUCUCGAUCUGAUGUGGUUCUAUAAAACACAUUCACAAACCGACUGUGAGGUGUACCCCCAUCCUAGAUGAACCUCUCUGCCUUGCCCUCGUGACCUGUAGUUACAGAAAGCUGAUGGUGAUGUCUGCUGGCUCUGGUUCGAGAUAAGUUAGAACUUCCCUCCUGCUCACCGCUUUUAGGCUCUGUCGAGGUCCUGAGCACUCUAUCAUGUCACAUUCUCCUGUAGGUCAGUAGGUCAUCACUUCUGACACCAGUUUCUGGCAACCUUCACACCGAGACGAAAGGUUGAGAGAAUACUCUGAGUUCUGGAAAGCCCCACGUGUCCUCACCGCCUCCCAGGGGGCAGGGUGCCCCCAGAAACACACCAGUGUAAAACCGGCAUGAAACCUCAACUAGGAAAAGUAGGGCAACUUUUGAAAUGUUAAAAUAGUUAAUGCAUGACUUGGAGUCAUUACUUCUGGUGAUGAAAGAACUGUUAGCUCAUACAGAGAAAAUUCAUUCCGUUUUACUAUCAUGUCGUUUUUUCAUCAUUUGAAAGUACUGACAACUCUUUGUAACUCAUCUUCCUUAAGAACUGUAUUGGAGGGCCACAGAUCAAGCUUGCGAUUUAAAAUCUACACCAAAAAAGUGUCUGAGACAGCUUAUUUGUACUCACUGGGACUGCAAAAAAAAACUGCUUUAGAGUGAAAGCAAAAUAAUUUUAGAAGUUGGCCUGGCCCCACAAUGGCUGCUGAUUUUGAGAAGUCUGACAGGUCUCCGUGAAGGACCAUUGCUUCUAGAACACUCCCCCUCCCACCCCCAGUCAGUCUGACACAGUAGCUGCAGUUGCUCCAAAAAUCCAUUCCUCUAGGUUAAAACUCAGAAUCCUCUGGGAAGUUUACUUGACAGAAUGGUGCGUUGUUUGCUCAUUACUGAGUGGACAUGAAGUUUGAAGGUGGGCUUAUUUUGAAAGGACAGUGUGACUCGGGCCUUGUUAGAGUGGCAGGAGUGGAGAGGGGUAAGAACGGUGGUGAGAAAGGUAGAGCACAAGGAAAUACUUCAGUCACUUGUGUUGCUGAAGCUGCUUUUGGCCGUUGCUCCCAGUACAGAGAGAAGCUGCAUUAUUGUGUCUGUCCACAGGUGUCGCCUACCACUUCUUCUUUUCUCUGGGCUCACUGCUUCUCUUUGCUGUGGAUAUUGUGUCUUCACGUGUAUCUGAUGUUCAGAUGAGUUUCUCACACCCUCACGUCCAGGUCUUGUAACUCCCGAGUGCUCCCACUUACCUUUCUGUGAUGUCACCACCCCAUCCUCAGAAGGAAUAAGAGUGAUUCUGGAGUUUGUGUCAUCUUUGGUUUAACAUCCUGAGAGAAAUGGCUAUUGAUCCUCACGAACUGACGAGCCCCAUGAAAGUUACUCUGAGUUGACAUUUUCCAUAAGGAAACCUAACACCGUUUAAGUCUCCUUGGGUUUCGGCAACUGAAAGGAAAAGUGUGGUAACGUAGGGGGAUCUCUUCUCUCUGGUCACGCUACACUCCACACUCAGUGUUUUGUCUGUCGCCCUAAGGUCAGCGCAGAACCAAGAGCCGCAGUGUUCAUCGCUGCCUGUCCCAACAAAAAUCCCAAUGUCAUUGGUACAUCUUGCACUGAGCUAAGUGCUGUGACUCCAGAAACAAGGAAUGGGACCAGUUUCCCGAAGAUCACAUCUGGCGGGUUAAGUGUGUAGGGGAAGGGGAAUGAGAAGCAAGAAAACAGAGGUCAUGCUACGUGUGGGGUGGAAACAUGAGCUCAUUUUUACCUAGCAGGUGUCAUGCACUCUUUGAAAUAAAGAUAAAUCUAUUCCUAGCAA